GCUUAUAUGAUGUGAGUUUAUGAUCAACUGAUGGAUGUAAAAACAUUUACAACCACACUUUAGUUAAUCAUAUAGUCUGCUGACUUGCUGCCCUCUGACCAGUUACUGAGGUCUGUGUCUGCAGACUUAUUGAGGUUUCUGUUGGAGCUAUUUGGUCUCCUUUAUUCCAGUUUCCGUCAUGGCAAAUAAAAAAGCAGAAGCACUGAAAAUGAAGCAGGUGAUUGGACUGGCUGGAGGCAUAGCUAUGGUAUCAGGAACCAUGAUCGGUUCUGGGAUAUUCAUGUCCCCACAGUUUGUUCUGGCCUGCGUGGGAAGCCCCGGAGCGAGUCUGGUGAUCUGGGCCCUCUCGGGAGCCGUGGCUCUGUUUGCUGUGCUGUCCUACACCGAACUUGGGACCAUCCUCCCUGAAUCGGGAGGGGAGUUCAUCUACAUCCUCAAGAUAUAUGGUUCAUUUCCUGCUUUCUUCGCCGCUGUCACUUUUAUCCUGCUGGUGAAGCCUUUCAGCAUCGCUGCCAUGUCCAUCAGCAUAGCAGAGUAUGCCAUGGCGCCAUUUUACUCCGGCUGUCAGCCUCCCCAGCUGGCUGUGAAAUGCACCGCUGCUGUCGCCAUCCUGGUUGUUUCUACUCUCAACAUCCUGAAUGCCCGCAUUGCUGUCAGGGUCCAAGUGACCUUCUUGGUGGCCAAAGUUUUAACACUUGCAGUCAUUGUGGUUGAUGGGAUGGUGCAGGUCAUAAAGAGCAGCGAUGUGUUUAUGGAAAAUUUAAAAGUUGAAAACUCAUUUAAAGAGACACAUUACUCUGUGAGCGCUUUGGGGAUGGCUUUCUAACCAGGUAUCUGGUCUUAUGCUGGCUGGUACAACCUAAAUUAUGUCACAGAGGAACUUAAAAGACCAGAGGUGAGAUUUUGGAUUGCAUUAACUUCAUCAGUUCAGUGUGUGGGAAUGUUAAACCAACAUUAAAUCUCAUCCUGCAGUUCAAAAACAGGCAUAAUGAAUGAAUGAAGUAGGAUCAUCCGUGCUUCAGGACCACUAUAGUGACCAGGCUCCAUAAAACAGAUAGAUACCCUUAACUGAGAUGAGAGAUGUUGUGGUUGUAAUUUUAUGGAACGAUCUCAGUUUCUAUGGAUUAGAUUGGCUUAUGAUUGAGUCUUGGCGCAAACAAGUGCUGUAUGAUUUUCCUCAUUAAUGGUUAUAUAUUAGGUUAUUUUGAUGGAAAGUAGUUUUCUUAGUUAAAGGUUUAAUUACAGCAACCUUAAUCAUUUGCAGUGCAAAUCAGUCUAUAAACCAUAUAGCCUAACAAAGCCCUAUGUAAAAUCUAAGACCACUUUAGAAGAUUACAAGAAAUUUAACAUUUUGGAAGAAAAUUAUUUUUGAGGAGGUAUUGUGUAGAAAGUUUUCGAAAAGGACAUUUUAUUUUCACGCGCCUGUUUGAGAAAGUAAUUUCAACAGUAAGAUGUUUGAUCAAAAUCAAGAGUUGGCUUUGCUUCAUAU